AUGUUGAACAUUGAGAUUUUGGGAGUGAAAGAGAACGGUGAUGGGAAAUUGGGGAAGAGUGUAGGGCAGGAUGGUUUGAACGGCGAGAAAGAGCUGGAUAUGAAUGUUGACCAGGAAACAAUGCAGAGGAAUGGAUCCGCAUCACAAGCUUCCAACGAUGCCGACGUGAUUCGACAUCCCAACGGCAACGAUGUCGAUGCGCUUCCGGACAGCAUCCAAGGACUCCAAAUCGCAAAUGACAACUUUCGAACUCCACUUCCUCACUACACUCCCAUCCCAUCCAUCUCGCACACCCUGCCUAAUCAACGUCCACCAUUCUCCCGCGCCCCUUCAAGCCACAUCGCAUCCAGCAUAGCACCCAGCAUUCAACCUAUCGACGCCCACGCUGAAGCCCUCCGCCGCCUCGGCAAAGCAGAAAGAACCGUAAAAACCCUCAAACGCCGCGGGUCAGACGAGUCCCUCUCCUCACUCAUCAGCUACUCCAUCCGCCGGCCCAGCAUUCCUCUUCCAUCAAGACCCGGCACGCCUUCGCUCGCUGCCCUCGCUCACGUGCUCGAGGAAGCGGCGCAAGAGGGAAAUCUACCGCUCGUCCAAGCCCUUGUGGGCCUCGGCGCGGAUCUGAAUUUCCGCUCAGUCAAUCGGAUUAAGAAUCGGCGGCAUGAGGCGCUGAAUCUUGCUGCUGCGGGUGGCCAUGGGGAUGUUGUAGAGUAUUUGAUGGACAAGGGAGCGACGUUUCAUGUCAGUGAAGGAAAAGGAAAAGAUGGAUUUGACCCGAUUGAUUACAAACUACUCGACGUCGCGUACGCGGGCUUUAUCGAUGUUGCGAGGUAUUUGGUCGAGAAACGAGGCGCGAAUCCGUUUGUUGAGUAUUGGCCGCGCGAAUAUGCGGAUGCGCAGAGGACGGUCUACAGACGCGUGACAGGCGUGCGCGUGCAGCAAAAAACCCUCUUCGACGCGCUGGCGAAAUCGAGCAGUGAAUCCCAAGCGAAAGACUUCUUGAAUCUCAUCAUGCAAGAUCCGCAGAUUCACUCCCACGAUGGUGGCACUUUCAUCAAGUCAGGCUGGUCUGAAACCGUCGAAGCCCUACUCAUCACACACCCGGACCCAGCGGCGUACGAAAUCCCCGACAAAACAUCCUCCGAAGAAGGCCAAAUUCCCAGUUCCAGCAUCCAGCGCCACAUCUGGCCCACGCACGCCCUGUCCCGCGAAACAUGGCUGUACCACCCGCAAUCUGCGCUUCGCAUACUCAAAAUGCUGAUAAACCUGCACUUCGACACAUCCACCCCGCAACACACGCCAGAUGAUUCCAGCCCCCGCACGCCUCUCGCGCGCUGCAUACUCGCCAACUCCGCCGCGGGCGUGGAUGCGCUCCUCUCUGCAAAGCCGGAUCUCCGGGAUACAGACAUCGCAAUACGCCUUUUACUUCCCGGCGAGGAGUUUAGGGAAUGUGCUGCGAAACCGCUGGCGGCGGCGCUUGUGCAGGACAGUCUGGCUUGCGCGCGAGUCAUAUUAGAACACGGUGCGAGUGUGCGUGAUCCGGCGUUCGGAUAUUCGAGUACAGUGGUGUUUGCGGCUGCUCAUGGCAUUACUGAAAUCCUCCCGGAGCUAGUCAGCAAGGCACCUGAGUUGGUUUCGGAAGCGCUGGAGGUGGCCGUGAGGAAGGGGAGGGUUGGGGCUGUGGAGGUUUUGUUGGAAGCUGGGGUAGAGGUGGACGAGAGGAUUUGGGAUGUUGUGGUGGAGUGUGAUAAGGAGGGGAAGGAGGCGGAGUAUGAUAGGAUUAAGAAAGUGGUGGGUUCGAAGCUGGGGAAAGUGGAGCUGUGA